AGCGGCGGGGCGGCCCGGCACAAGGGCACGCCUGGCGGGCACGCCUGGCGCACCGGCCGAGCUGACGCGGGGAGGAGGCUCCGGGAGCGCCGCCGUGUCCAUGGACUAGCCGAGGCACCGGAGGGACCCCCGCCUACGCCGACCGCCGCCUCGCCGUCCGCCCAGCUCGGCAAAACUUAGCGAGCAGGCUGCUGCCCCGACGCUGUGCUAUAGAAGAUGCACUAUUACCGAUAUUCUAAUGCAGAAGUCAGCUGUUGGUACAAAUACCUGCUCUUCAGCUACAACAUUGUCUUUUGGCUAGCUGGAGUGGCCUUCCUUGCAGCUGGUCUGUGGGCAUGGAGUGAAAAGGGUGUAUUGUCUGAUCUGACAAAGGUGACUGGUCUUCACGGUCUGGACCCAGUGGUGCUUGUCUUAGUGGUGGGAAUAGUGAUGUUUACUUUGGGAUUUGCUGGUUGUGUGGGAGCACUGAGAGAAAACAUCUGCCUGCUGAAGUUUUUCUGUGGAACAAUUGUGUUUAUAUUCCUGUUGGAGCUGGCAGUAGCAGUUAUGGCUUUCCUGUUCCAAGACUGGGUGAGGGACAGGGUGAAAGAAUUCUUUGAGAAUAACAUUAAAUCCUACCGAGACGACAUUGAUCUCCAGAACAUCAUUGAUUCACUACAGAGAAUUAACCAUUGCUGUGGUGCUCAAGGUCCAGAAGACUGGGAUUUUAACAUAUAUUUUGACUGCAAGAGUGAAAGCAAAAGUCGUGAGAAGUGCGGAGUUCCUUUUUCCUGUUGUAUACCUGAUCCUGCUCAAAAAGUUGUGAAUACACAAUGUGGCUAUGAUAUCAGAAAGAAGAGCAAAAGUCAAUGGGAUGAUCAGAUUUUUGUCAAAGGAUGUAUUCAUGCACUUGAAGCUUGGUUACCCCGAAAUAUCUACAUUGUUGCAGGUGUCUUCAUAGCUAUCUCACUGCUCCAGAUUUUUGGGAUUUUCCUUGCCAGGACAUUGAUUUCUGAUAUUGAAGCUGUAAAGGCAAGUAAUGCCUUCUGAAUAUGAAAGCAGACGCAUGUUGCAAGACAAUAUAUGUUAAGAUUAUUGAUUGGACACCAAAGUGGAAGAAAUCCACAGGCCAUGAAAUACUUCUGUUGUUAAAAGCCUUAUAUGGAUAUUUUUUUCCCUGCUCAUGCUUUUUGUUAGAAGCUGUUACAAAAAAAAAUCGCCAAACACAUAUACUGUCUACCUUUUUUCUAACAAGACAACUUGGUGCACCAGUGUUGAUCUCUGAGGAAGAAAUGGAAUUUCCCAAGACAUCGGCAGAACAGAUUUUAAAGACUGUAGCAGGGAGACAUGAAACUGCUGUAAACACUUUCCUUGAAGGAUUGCUAUGAAAAUUGUUCUGUCUUCACUCCUCUCUUCUGUCUUAAAAUGUAAUCUUUUCAAAUGUUGCAUGCUGAUUUCUUUAGAACCUUGCAAUCAUAUUAAUCUCUACAGUCAUUUUUGGAUACAUAUCCAGCAACCAUAAUUGGAAAUUGUUGGGGGGGGGGGUGUGGAAUAAAUCACAAACUCUCUAGAUCUUGAAUUGAUUUUAGGCUGUGCAAACCCCACGCUGUUUUGAAAAAUGCAAGCUGGUUCCCAGAAUGGGAAAAAUCUGAGUAUCCUGUAGCAUUAAGUCUUACAAAUCUCCAUUUCAGGCAAGAGGGUGUAAAGCCCUGAUGCUUCCAGUCUGAGAAAAAUGUGAAUAUUCUUUUUUAUAGAAGAAAAACCUCUUUAAAAAUGCUUAUCCUUUCAAUGAUCAAUAAUACCUUUACCAAGUGCUGUCUGCAUACACUUCAGAAUGCACCUUGUUUCAGUAGGUAGCAUGCUGGGCUAGCUGUUGAUGGCUUUUGUUAUUCCUCUAGUUUCUCUCAACUGCUAUGUUGAUUUUCACAAGUCUGAGCUGCCACUACCAGGACUGAUGAAAGACUUACAAAUUCAGUGUUAAUCCUUAGUGGAAAAUGUUUUUAAAUAAGGAAGCAAAAGAUUUUUAUUUAGCAAAAGAUUAAAGUUGUUGAACUUUUAAAUCUUGUAUAAAGCAAUUGAGCCAUCAGUUCUGCCUGGUUCAUGGUUCAAAUGUGAAUCAAAAUACAGUGAACCUGAAUGAUUUCUUCAGUCAUUUUCUACAUGAAACUGAACUAGUCCUUCUUAUGGCAGGGUUUUUAUUUUAAUAAAGAGAAAAGUAAAUUCUUCUUUCAGUCCUCCCUUUGGGGGGGAGGGUAAGUAGAUGGAUCUGUAGUUCAGUAGGAGUUCCAGUCUCUUCUGUAAGACUUUGGUGUUGUAUCCUUAGCUGUAAGGUAAAAGUAUAUGGCUGAAAAGUUCUUGGAAGUAGAUGUAGCUGUCAGUUUUACUGUGGGCCAUAAUUAACUGCUUCCAGUGACACCAGUUUUUUCAGGGAGAGCAGGUUCAUUUACAGUGCCUAACAGUGUAAAUUUUAGUAUCUAUUUUUAUAAUGAUAUUUUACUAUCUGUAGUGUGCCUGGAGGAUUUAAUACUUGUAUUUCUAAAGUAUAUGGCUUUUCUUGAAGCCAAACUUUUAAAUAUAUUAUGUCCUUUUUUUCUAUUAUGCAUGUAUUAACAAACAUUUCACUGGCAAAAGUUUAUCAACAGUUAGAAUCCUUGUGUCUGGUUGAUUGUCCAGACAUCCUUCUAGCUUGUGAUCUGUGAAGCAGUUCAAACAGUGCUCAAUUACUUCAGCCUUCAUAUAGUUCUUUUUCUGGCCAGUGAUUGAGACACAACAGGAAAAGGAAGCUUGUCUAAGGAUGGCUGAUUUCCUUACAGUAGCAGAGAACAGUCUGCUAUAAACUCAUCUGAAAACCUGAAAGUAAAAUGGCUAGAAGUACACUGUGGCUUUUUCAGAUUUGGUGUACAAAGAAAGCAACAGCAGUAGAUCACUGAGGGGAGAGAAGAGGCAUUUCUUCUGUAAAGCUGUGAAUUUGAGGUCUGUAUUACUAAUUUGUUGAAUCUGAUCCACAAGGAGCAGCCAGAGAUGUGUGAUUGUACUACAGCAUGGCAAGCAGCAGAGCAGUGGCUAGCAAACUUGGCUUGAAAUUCUGGUGCUUGAAACUUUGCAACACCCUUUCAACCACCUUACUUGGUUAUGUGUGAUAAUCUGAUAUAUGUAAAAUUGGAGAAGGAUGCUUCCUAUUUGGAACUCCUUAGUCAUAAAACAUUGCAUUGAAAAUGCCAGGUAGGGAGUACAUUUCCCUUUGCCAGUUUUUGACACAGCCAGCUCCUAAUGCUGGGAAGGAAUUCCAGCAGUUUGGUGAAAAUCAUUCUGGUGUCAAAGAUGGCUGUGGAGUUCAUGUACUGAAAUUAGCUGCUGACAAGAGCCAGCAUUACAGAUAAGAAUUCCAUGGUCUGUGAAUCUUGCCAGGUUACCUGAAGACAAAUUAAUACUUGUGGGUUUUUUUUUUUAAGUACUGUUUGUAUGCAAACCAGAGUUUAACUGAAGUAUUGUAUUUCUACAGUUUGUUCUUAAUGGCUUCGGCCAUAUCAACACCAGCCUUUGUACAAGUGUUUCAGUUAUUUGGAACUGAAUUUGAGAGAAGCUCAACCUAUUUGAGGAUCUUUAAAUUCAUGAAGUGAUUUUUCAUUUUCGCCACUGUGGAUCAAACUUCUCUCUGCUUAUUCAGUAUAAUUUUUAAAAUUUUGGGGCUCUAGGUUGUUUUGCCCCUGUUCUGAAGUACAUGCAUACACGGUUAGUGUAAUUUCUGACUUGUAAUGGGAAUACUUUCUACUUAGCUUUAUUUAGCACCUUCUCUGUGGAGCUGCAGUGGCUUCAUGGCUAAAGAUUUAGGUUAUGGUCUAAAAAAAGUCUUAUCAGCAAAAGCAGCUGGGUGUGAGCCUGCCUCUAAAGCCUCAAAGGAAAGGUAAUUCAGUGAUCUCACAGAGAGGUUUGAUACACUGUUGAUGCUGAGAUUUCAGAGGUUGCAUUUGCAACAGCUUCACAAACACUAACUACAGUGGAACCAAGGUUUUUCAUGAAGAUGUCAAAUGAGGUCAGACUUGAAGAACUGAACUGAGAGAAGCAAACUUCAGUGUGGUCGCUUUUAUUCCUCAGAAAUGAGCACGGUUUAUUUCCAUUAAGCAAUGUAUGUAUUUGUGAGUCUUGACAGUUCAGCUGCCUCUGUUUUUAUUAAUAAAACUGCAUUUGGACACUGUUUCCCUGUACAUGAGGAGGAGGAUGAAUAUAAGUACUGCAAAAAGUGCAGUGACCAAAGGACCUCAGGUUGCCCUGUGAAAACCUGAAUGUUUCUUCCUAAGAGGUCUUUAGCUUUGGUGACCUCAUUCAGUGCCAUGUGGACAGACUCGUGCUUCCAGUCCAUGGAGCUCAAUGUGGCCAUUGAUUUAUGUGUAGAAUUGCCUUGGGUUUUGUCUCCUUUCCAUCCUUCCUUCUUUCUUCCCCUUACUUCCUGUGCAUUGUCAUGCAGCUUGAACAUUGUUCAGCCACUGGAAGGGGAGCUCCUGUCUCCUAUUCUGAGAUGGUUUUUCUGAGUGACUUUCAAUAUAUUUUUUUCUCAAGCCUUAAAUUUGAUUAAAUAAAAUUUAAUGUUUUCUACUCCUG